AAUUCGCGCUAUUGGAACUGUCAAUCUUAUGUGUUAUUUGUGUCUGAGCGGUUUUACCACAACAUUUCAGGCAAUUUCGUAAACAAAAUUUUCUAUUUCUACAAUGCCGUCCACACUUGAUCUGUGCGAAAAGUACUACGGCACUCGUGAUAUCUACGAUUUGAUGGGAAUCACAAAAGAUGCUAUCGAAAAAGAUGUGAAAAAGGCUUACUACAAAUUGUCGCUGCAAGUCCAUCCGGAUCGUGUACCGGACGAAGAAAAGGACGUCGCCACCGAAAAGUUUAAAGUUUUGUCCACUAUCAACUCGAUACUGACCGACAAAGACAAAAAAGCUCUGUACGAUGAGCAGGGAAUUAUUGACGAUAAUGACGACGAGGGUAAAUUGAGCAAUUGGUUAGAUUUGUGGCGAACAUUCUUCAAACCGAUCACCACCGAGGACAUCGACAAUUUUCAGCGCGACUAUGUCGGGUCUGAUUUAGAGAAAACCGAUCUGAAGAAGGCGUAUCUGAAUUGCAAGGGUUGCAUUAACGCGAUGAUGAAUUCCAUUCCAUUUAUGGGCGUGGAGGAUGAACCACGGUUCCAGGAAAUUGUUAAAGAUUGGAUUGCUGCUGGUGAAGUUCCCGAAUACAAAAUGUUCACCGAAGAGCCCAAAGCGAAGCGAACCCGUCGUCACAACAAAUACCGAAAAGAGGCGCUGGAAGCGCGUCAAAUCAAAGAGGAAAUGGAUGCGAAAAAUGCUUCAAACAGUCUCGAGCAGCAAAUUAUGGCUAGACAGAAAAAUCGCGGCACCAGUUUGAUCGAUUCGUUGAUGGCGAAAUAUGGUGGCGACGACAAGGAAGACGAUUCCGAACUGUUUGAUUACGAGGCGGAACUGAAGAAGCAUACGAGCAAAAAGACUGGAACAAAGAAAACGUCCAAGAAGAAGGAGAACGUUAAGGAACCAGUGCAUCAGAUCAAGAACGGACGGGUAAUUAAGACGAGAUCUUCGAAGUAGUUUGUAACUUUCAGUUGUUUUCAUCUUACGGUAUAUUUCUAGAGAUGAGUUAUUCGUUGUCGCAUUCAUUUCAUCUUACAAAAUAAGGUCGUCGAAAAAGGAAAAUCUUUUGUUCAUCAGUUAUGCACGAUGUUUGUUUGUAAAAAUAUAUAAAAAAUGCUUAAAUUGCUCCUAUUCCUCCUCCUCAGCUCCUAUAACGUAUCAGUCCCUCUCAAUAUAAUGUCAUUUUUCAAGAACGAAAUUUAUUUUACAAGUAAAGAAAACUGAAAAAAA